AUAAAUUCUGUUUCCCUCAAUGACAACACACUCUGCUGUUCACUGCCUGAACGGCUUUCUGUUCUGCUAGUAAACUGUCGCAGUAUAAAGAACAAAGUCGAUAGUUUCAUGUCCUUGGUAGCAACCAUUAAGCCUCAAAUUGUAAUGGGCACUGAAUCAUGGUUGGAUGACUCUGUGUGUAAUGUGGAAAUUUUUCCGCCAGGUUUUACUGUCUAUCGGAAAGAUAGACAUGGGCAUGGCGGGGGAGUGUUUCUUUUAAUAUCAAAUACAUUGCCAAGCACUGAAAUUCUUUUUGAAAACAACUCUGAAUCUGUCUGGUGCCUCGUGAAUUUACCCAAGGGAAACAAUGUCGCGUUUGGGACAUACUAUCGCCCACCGGGCAGAAGUGAAUCAUUCGGUUUUCUGUCUGAUGUGCUAUCUUUUAUGCCUAACAGCGUAUUUCUCGGUGGAGAUUUUAACUUGCCGAACUUCAAUUGGACUGCUGGACGCGUAGCUGGUGAUGGCUCCCGUAUCUACUCAGAGUUUGAAGAACUGCUCGGAUUGUAUGGUUUGCAGCAGUACGUGCUGGAACCUACACGAGAAAACUCAAUUUUAGACCUGGUGCUUUGCAAUGAACCAAACUUAGUAUCGGGGAUUACUGUUUGCCCAGGUAUUAGCGAUCACAGGGCCGUUGUCGCAGAGCUUGGCGUACAGCGUGUACGGGCAUCACAAACUCCACGAAGAAAAGUGUUCAGCUACGACAGAGGAGAUUACGCUGCUAUUAGAAAUGAACUAGAAAACUUCUUCCCUACUUUUCAGCAUAUGUCAAAAGCACGCUGUCCGUUGGCUCUGUGGUCAACGUUCCGCGACAAAAUACUCAGAUUGGUCGAAAGUCACGUUCCAUGUAGGUACUUGCGUAAAAAAAAAACGCAUAAACCUUGGUUUAACACAGAAAUACGCAAACUUAUUAGGAAAGCUAAACGCGCGUAUAAAAUAUUUUCUGCUAACUCCAGUCUGGUAAACCAAAAGCGCUUAGAGGGAAUAAAUAAUUUAUUAAAAGUAACAAUUAAAUCGGCGAAAGAUUCAUUUUUUGUUAAAUUAGGCAAUGACUUAAAGCAAAACCCGAAGUCAUUCUGGAAAUAUGUAAAGCAGAACCGAAAAGAAGAUGUAUCUAUACCACCUUUAAGUGUCGACGGCGAAACCGUGACGUCAGACUUCCAGAGGGCGGAAUGCUUUAAUCAAUAUUUUCAAUCAGUCUUUUCGCAUGAAACUACCGAGCAGACAACGCUUCUAAACAAUACCGUCCAGAGCAAUAUGAUGUCUGACAUUGAAAUUGAUGUUAGUGGCGUCGAUUCAUUAUUACGCCGCUUAGACGCAACAAAAGCCAUUGGACCUGAUGGACUAUCCCCAGUAGUCCUCAAAGAGUGUCAUGACAUCAUUGCUCCGUAUUUAAGUAUCAUCUAUAAACUCUCCCUUGAAACUGGUCUUAUCCCUCAGGAUUGGAAAACGGCAAACGUUACACCCCCAAUGGGGCGCUUCCGUAAGCGGAACAACCCCGGCGGAAAACUGAGACUGAGCGAUGGUGGGGGGCCCCUGUGCGAUUCGUCGACCCGUAACAAAGUCUCCCAAGGGAACGACGCCGCCAAGCGCACCGCCAUUGCGAGCCUCAGCUGA